CUCUCUCUGCACGCUCGCGCGAAAAAACGCAAUAAGGAUUCCCAACCGGGCAGCUGUACAAGAGUCUUCACCGGACACCGCCGUGGUCCAGACGUUUUCCUCACCCCUCCCUGAGUAGGAACAGCCUCAGCUCUCUCCAGAAGAGGGGGGACAACACUGGGAGACAACAUCGAUCGCGCCAAUGGCUGACCUCUCAGAACAUCAUCCCUGUUUCUGCACGUGUCCGUUCAGCUCAGGUGGUGCUCCAGAAGUAAGGAAGAGAGGAAAGCUCCAGUCUGCGGUUUAGGGUGAAGCCCUCGUGCGUCGCCCAGUCUUCUCUCGCGCGUAGCUCCAGCUCUGUAUCAGCCUUUCAGAGCGUCGAUAGAUAACUUUUUUUUCCCGCGUCGCGCCGGUGAAACCGUCCAGUCCCAUAUGCUUCUCACAAGAGAUGAAGCCUGAUCGAGGGGCUACAACGCCUCGGUCUCGCGGACUGGAGAAGUUUGGGUCCAGCCUGCAGCGCAACACAGCGCGAGAGCAUCAUCUCCAACUUUAAGCCCCGGCACGCGGAGCUCCUCUUCGGAUCCCACACUGUUCUGGGCUCUUCAUGCCACCCACCAAUGAGCUAACUGGGCAGGAAUGUUCAGAGGACCACGCUGCGAGACGCUCGAGGGCAAAGUCGCCGUUCAGCGCGAGAGGCUGGAUUAUUAAACCGUUCCACAGCAGAGAGUUGUCCGCGCCUCGCGCUCGUGUGCUCGCCAGGUGGACUGUGAAGACACAGGAGGAAUGUUUGUUCCAAAUUUGCCGUCGACCACUUUGGGGGUUCUGCCUUUUUUGCUUAACCACUGCUUUCUGUCGCUGUUCCUGCCAUUGUUACAGCAUGCCCAGGGAGAACUCCAGAAGUCGUGCUCUCGGAGCCCAGCAGCACCAAUUGAAGACAUCUGCCAGCUGCCGUGCCAGUGCAGACGCUACCCACCCUUACCACCCCCACCCCCUCCACCACCACCACCCAGACUGCUCACUCCCACUGUGGCUCCGUCUACUGUUCCACCUAUGAAGCCCUGGGGAAGGGAGGUCGAGAUUUUGGUGCUGGGGACAGUGAGCUGUGCUUCAGUAGUCUUCCUUCUCUUGACCGUCAUCAUCUGCUACAAGGCUAUUAAGAGGAAACCACUGCGGAAAGAAGAGAACGGCACAAGCCGAGGAGAGUACGCCAUGAGCUCUCGCUGCAAGCAACAGGUGGUGGAGACCAACAACACUGGCGUAUAGUAGUUCCAGAGCAAAGCAGUGGAACACUGUAAACACUCCUGACCCCACAAAACCAUCUCUUUCUCCCAGCUUUGAAAGGGUUUGGAGAUGGAUGAAAGGUAGAGAAUGAACUUUUGAAGGAACUUUAAACAGUGACUCUGCCUGAGUGGGAGAUACGAAUACUUAAAAAAACAAAUAAGUGCUGGUUUAUGAUUGACGUAUGACAGUAUAAAAAAGGAUCAGAGAAAGCAUGGAGCCCAGAGACUCAUUGUUAUGUUGGACCAGAUGACAGCUGUCAGUAUCCUGAGGCUGAAGCUGUCAGGCCCUGAGACACCUCGAGGCCUCCUUGGAGGACAGUAUACUAGUAAACACCAACAACAAAUCAAACGCAUGCACUUUCUGUUGAAUGCAAUGACGUCUUAUAGUUCCUAUCCUUGCUCUCCUUUCUGUCUCUGUUUCUCUGCAGUUUCCUCCCUCCCAAUAUCAUCAUGUAAAUAAAGAAGGCCAUGUUGCUUUGUAAGUUCUGACUGGAGCGUAUCCUGAGAUGUAGUUUGUGUACCAAGUGUAAGCUAAAGGAGAAGCAGGAAGUUGAUUGCUUUUUUUGGAAGACUAUGCAACUGGAAAGGAUUGAAACGUAGUGGUGCAUGUUCGUGAUAUAAAAAACACAAUGUUAGCAUCAUUUGCUGCUAAUCAGCAUUGCUAAUUUCUAAUGUCGAUCAAGCAGUCUGAUACUAAGUGGCCAAUUACUUGCUCUAAUGGUAUUACUGUACAUGUGUAAUUGACUAAUUAUGCUGUCAUUUCUUAUCAUCAGUAAAUAGGCUAGAAUACAUGCCACAUAUACAUAAAUUAAAGACUGUUGUUUAACUAGUUACAUCAUGAAGUAAAUCGCUGCUGUCAGAACAAACCUUGUAUCUCCAUUUUUGCUGUUUUUCAGUUUUUUAUGUCAUUUAAAAAUGUCUGCUGUCCUUUACAUUGUGCAUAAAUUUCAUGAUGA